UCUUCAAAAUUUUCUCUAUAUUAACUGUUCUCUCUCUCUCUCUUUCCACAAUCAUUUUCGAAAUCUCUUUGGGUGAUUUCUGUUCUCGGCUUCUGACCGAUCAUCUCUUUAAUCCCCGUUCGAUCUCUGGCCAUCUGCCGCCGGAAGAUGCCGGAGAUCGAACCCUCUCCCCCCGAUAACGAUGCCUUAUUUGGCAGGUAUGAGCUCGGCAAGCUCCUUGGCUGCGGCGCCUUUGCCAAGGUCUACCAUGCCCGCGACCUCCAUUCCGGCCAAAGCGUCGCCAUCAAAGUCAUCAACAAGAAGAAGAUCAACGGCUCAAUCCUAAUGCUCAACAUCAAGCGGGAGAUCACCAUCAUGCGCCAUCUCCGCCACCCUCACAUCGUCAAACUCCUUGAGAUCCUCGCUACCAAAUCCAAGAUCUACUUCGUCAUGGAGUUCGUCAGAGGCGGUGAACUCUUCGCUAAGAUCGCCAUUGGCAGGUUCAGCGAGAAUCUCAGCCGGAAAUUCUUCCGCCAGCUGAUCUCCGCCGUUGGAUUCUGUCACGCGCGUGGGAUCUACCACCGCGAUUUGAAGCCGGAGAAUCUCCUCGUCGAUGAGAAUGCGAAUCUGAAGGUCUCCGACUUCGGUCUCAGUGCGGUUACGGAUCAGAUCCGCGCCGAUGGCCUUUUGCAUACUCUCUGUGGAACUCCGGCGUAUGUCGCGCCGGAGAUUUUAUCGAAGAAGGGAUACGACGGUGCGAAAAUCGAUGUGUGGUCAUGUGGUGUGACUCUCUUCGUGUUGAACGCCGGUUACCUUCCGUUCAACGAUUCGAAUCUAAUGGUGUUGUAUAAGAAGAUUUACAGGGGGGAUUAUCGGUGCCCUAAAUGGAUGUCGCCUGAUCUCCAGAGGUUUCUGUCACGACUUCUCGAUACGAAUCCCCAAACCAGGAUCACCAUCAAUGAGAUUCUGAAUGAUCCGUGGUUCACAAAUGGAGGAGAUACAGACAUCAAUUUCUACGAUGAUUACGAGGUCAAAUCGGAAGCGAAGGUCGAAUCUCCAUCGAAGAACUUAAACGCAUUCGACAUUAUAUCGUUCUCGUCGGGAUUAGAUCUGUCUGGUUUGUUCGACGAUUCGCAAUACGCAGUGGAGGACAGUGACCGAUUCGUACUGGCGGAGUCGCCGGAAAAGAUCCUGGAAGAAGUGGAGGAAUUCGCUAGGUCUGAGAAUUUGAAGGUUAAGAAACAGAGAGAAUUUUUAGUUGAAUUGUUUGGACAGAAUCAUAAUUUUUCUAUCCGGAUAGAAAUUUUCCGGUUGAUCGACGGAUUGGCGGUGGUGGAGGUGAGAAGAAGAGGUGUCGAUGCAGGAUCAUACAAGCAACUGUUGAAGAAAAAGCUGAAAUGUCAUCUCAUCGAAAACGUAGCGUCGGCGUCCCGAUAGAACUCCGGUGACCGGAACCAGUAAGACGUGGAUUUCUUCCGAACCCAACAGGAAAAUUGGGGCAAAAAAUAGAAGGUGAUGGGUGGUGGAGUAAUUAAUAUCUUUUCAUUAUCCCAUUGAAUUAAUAAUGAUAAUAAUAAUGGAAGAGGAAUUAAGAGUCCCCAUGAAGUAGUUAAGAAGUAUAUGUUCAUGUCAUUUUUCAUUUGCAUUUUGAUCGGCUUUUCUCUGCCUUCUUAUGUACAUAGUUUUUUUUUUCAUUUUUUUCAAAAAAAAAGUUUUGUAUCUAAAGAUCCCGCCAAAUGUUAAUAUUAACCAAAAUUUGAUAUA